AGUCCAUACACUACUGCAUAAUAAACACUGUAUUUCACAAUCAUUUAAAUGCCAAUCAAUUGAAGACAACUCGUGUUGGCGUGUAUUGAGCGACGAGUGGCCCAUAUAUUGUGUGCAUUCAUAACACAUUCAAAUUGAUUUGCUCUUAUUGUCUCUCAAUUGGUAUUAAAAAAGACCGCAAAUAAAGCGAUGAAUAAAUACAUCGAAAAUGUAUUGCAUUUGAAGAAAAAGUUAGAGAAAGGGGUCUCUUAUGAAAAGACUUUGCAUAUCUUGCAUAAACUGCAGAAAAUUCCCAUUACUAUAGAGUUAUUACAUAAGACAGGAAUCGGUAAAACAGUCCGUCAUUUAAGUAAACAACAGUCGGACUCAGAUGUGGGCAAAACAGCGAAGCUAUUGUGCGGCGCGUGGAAGACGACCGUUAAGGAAGAACAGGAACGCGAGGAACAGCGCGAAGAGUCCGCCGAUGAGGACGACAACGAUAACCAGGACUACGACGACGAGCCCGAAGAAGAGCCCGAAGAAGAGCCCACUGUUAAAGAAGAGCCCGAAGAGGAAGAGUCCGAAGAAGAACCGAUCCAUAGGCCGGUUAAGAAUAGGUCACACGAGAGGAAUGGCCAUAAAAUUAAGACCGAAUACAUUAGUCACGAAGACGAAGAGGAAGAAGAGCCCAACGAGUCGUAUAGCAGUAAACGCAAACACAAUGAGGAGAAGUCGUCGGAUAGAAAACACUCGCGAAAGCAUAAAUCAAGUCAUAAAUCCCGUGAAAGUGAGCCAAAA